AUGGCCCAACCCAAUCAGAUGGUUGAGCGUGAAUGCGCCGGCUGCAGCAAGUUCCGCGGCCUCACCGACUUCUCUUACACCCAGCGCAAGAAGGGAGAUGAUGCCAUCUGCAAGAAGUGCAUUCCCGAGAUCCAGAACGUCAAGGCUGGACACCUGAGCCAGGAGUGGGACGAGAGUGACGAUGACUACAUGAUCCGUCUCAACGCCAGCAAGAUCAGCACCACUGGCUCAGUCACUACCGAGACUGGUGGCGUCGUUCUCCCCGCCGCUGCUACCUUCACCAGAACCACCGCCGCUUCUACCCGCAUUCCCACCUCCUCGGUCACCACCAAGACUGUUUCCUCUUCGCGCAUCUCAAUCAGCUGGUCCACUUACACCGGCUCCACCUACCGCGACCCCAACAUCGUAGUCGGUGCUUCUGGCUUUGUCAAGGUCAAGAAGGGACAUCACAAGGAGAUUGUCCCCGAUCUCCAGGAUGACGACGUCGAGACCUUCAAGGACAACGGAGACGACGAUGACCAUUGGGACAUGUAG